AUGGACGCUGGGUUUUUCCGUGGGGUUAGUUCUGAUCAGGAUGGUCGUUUUUCUGACAAAGAGAAGAAGCUUUUGAAGCAGAUGAAAUUCGAACCACAACUUGAUACAAAGGUAGGAUUUUGAUCUAGCAGAUAACAAACUAGUAUUGGUUUCCGUUUUAAAAAUGUUUUCCAUCUUUCUGGGUGAUAUAUAUUCGAAAAAGUAUUAUUUAAUUCUUACUUGCUUUGUUCUUUGUUCGUUGAAUCAUGGCCUCAGCUUUUUUUUAUAUAAUCAACUAUUAUUCGAUAAUGUUUUUUCAAGUUUCAUGAUCAAAGUCAACUUUUACCCACAGUUUGGGCUUAAUUUUAAAAUAGAAGUAUUAAAGGAAAGUACACGGCAGGCAGGGUUGUUAUUUCUAAGAUUAACCUGGACAAAGUGCAACUGGAUGUGAUCAAACCAUGGAUCACGAUGCGAGUCAACGAGAUCCUGGGAAUGGAAGACGACGUCGUCAUCGAGUAUAUUAUCGAGCAGCUCGAUCAGCCUAACCUCAACCCAAAGCUUAUGCAGGUUGGCCCCGAUUCGAGUUAAUGAGUUCUAUUUUCUUUUUAGAUCAAUAUUACCGGUUUUUUGAAUGCUCGUCGUGCCCGCGAAUUUAUGGGAGAAUUGUGGAAUUUGUUUAUCGAGGCAAAUGAAUCCGAAGACGGAAUUCCAAAAACACUUGUCGAUAAGAAACUUAGUGAAAUGCGAAAAGAGGCCGAAAGCAAAAAUCCAGUUCCAGCCGCUAUGGCUGAAAACGAUUGGACCAACAGGUGAUCAUUUCUUUUCUUUUUCUCUCCUUCAGCAGUUAAGUUUAGUUGUUAAUUUUUAAAUGAUUCCAUUUCUGAUAAACGGUUAUAACUUUAGCAUUCCAAAUCUAUUUUCGGGGCUUCCAGGCAUCCUUCUCGGUAAAAAUUUGGUAAGACUCUUCGAAAUGAUGCAAAUUCCAAAAACGAAGUUCUACUGGAAACUUGAAUGUUUUGCAGAUAUGUCACUCUCUCUGGCGGACGUUAUGCUGGACCGAAGAUAGAAAAAGACGUUAGAGACGACCGAAUUCCGGAGAGGGCUCUUAGUCCACGACGUGCUCCUCCCAGUAGACGUCCAGAAGCCUCACGUUCCAGAUCUCGAUCUCCUCCGGUGAGAAACGAGAAAAGGAAGAUUCUAAAAGAGAGAUUCAGAAAGAAGAAAAAGAUAAGGAAAGGGAACGUCGUCGAGAGGAACGACACAGUGACUCAAAAAGGAAGGAAGACGAGUCGAAGAGACGAGAGGAGGAUCGUCUCAAACGCAGAGCAGAAGAGCGUGAUAGGGAAAGGAAACGCGAACAGGACCGUGUCAGGAAUCGAGGCAUGUUUUGCCGAGGAUUUCGUCCAGAAAAUAAAAUUCAGACAGAAGACGUCCUUCACGGGAAAGGGAGAAUCGCGACCGACGCAGAGAUCCUCCGAAGCGCCGCAGCCGUUCUCGGUCGCCGCGUCGUCGUUUCAGCGAACUGACUGUGUCCAGGCGUCGCAGGUUCCUCCAAUAACCUUUUUCUGAAGGACUUUGUCAUUUUCAGACGCGACAGCAGCGCUUCGGACAGUAUUUUCAAGAAGAAGAAGAAGCCUGCCGAGUCGGAAGAAUCAGAUAGAGAGGGGAAACGCAGAAAGGAGAGAAAAGUCCAGUCAGAAGAUGACUCGGAUGCUGAAGUCAAGGGAAAGAGAAACAAGAAGGUCGAUUCCGAUAAAGACUCUGGUGAGGGUAUCAAAUGAGUUUAUAUUAAUACCUACAAAAAUUUCAGAUAGAGAAACUAAAUUGAAAGAAAAUAAAAAGAAGCACGAUUCGGACGAAGAUUCAGAGAAAGAAGAUAGACGCAAAAAGGAUAAAAAGCCAAGGAAAAACGAGUCGGACGACGAUUCAGAGAAGGACGAUAGACGCAAGAAGGACAAAAAGUCAAAGAAAAAUGAGUCGGACGACGAUUUGGAAAAGGAGGAUAAGCGCAAGAAGGACAAAAAAGCGAAGAAACACGAAUCUGACGACGAAUCGGAUAAGGAGGAUAGGCGCAAAAAAGAAAGAAAGCCACGGAAAAACGAGUCGGGCGACGAUUCUGACAAGGAGCAGAAGAAGAAGAAGCACCGCAAAGCCGACUCUGACGAGGAUUCUGAAAGGGACGUGAAACGCAAGAAAGAUAAGAAGGAGAAAAAGUCGAAGAAACACAAAAAGGUAUCCUUUUCAAUAUAAUUUGCAAAUUUAAACCCUUCUUUUCAGGAGAAGAAGAAGAAAGAACGCAAGCGGACGCCGACGCCUUCUGGAUCCGACAGUGACAGCGACUGA